GUGGGUUCGGUGGAGAAGCCCGGGACUGAAGAUCAUGGAGGGAACUGAGACUGGGAACGCUGCUGGAACAGAGGCCCCGCAGCCGCAGAAGCGCUACUACCGGCAACGUGCUCACUCCAACCCCAUGGCGGACCAUACGCUGCGCUACCCUGUGAAGCCAGAGGAGAUGGACUGGUCUGAGCUAUACCCAGAGUUCUUUGCUCCACUGACCCCAAAUCAGAGCCAUGAUGACCCAAAGGAAAAAAAAGAGAAGAGACCUCAGGCCCAAGUGGAAUUUGCAGACAUAGGCUGUGGCUAUGGUGGCCUGUUAGUGGAACUGUCACCACUGUUCCCAUACACACUGAUUCUAGGCCUGGAAAUUCGGGUGAAGGUUUCAGAUUACGUGCAAGACCGGAUUCGGGCCCUACGCGCAGCUCCUGGAGGUGGAUUCCAGAACAUUGCCUGUCUUCGUAGUAAUGCCAUGAAGCAUCUUCCUAACUUCUUCCAAAAGGGCCAGCUGACGAAAAUGUUCUUCCUCUUCCCUGACCCACAUUUUAAGCGGACAAAGCACAAGUGGCGAAUCAUCAGUCCUACUCUACUGGCAGAAUAUGCCUAUGUGCUAAGAGUCGGGGGGCUGGUAUAUACAAUAACAGAUGUGCUGGAGUUACACAACUGGAUGUGCAACCAUUUUGAAGAGCACCCUCUAUUUGAACAUGUGCCUCUGGAGGAGCUGAGUGAAGACCCCAUUGUGGGAUAUCUGGGUACCUCAACUGAAGAGGGAAAGAAAGUUCUACGCAAUGGAGGGAAGAAUUUUCCAGCCAUCUUCCGAAGAAUACAAGAUCCCAUCCUUCAAGCAGUGACCCCCAGUCCCACUCUGCCUGCACACUGA